AUGAACAAGAUCGAAACCCCACACAGCGAACAGUCCAUCUACUUCGACGCCCCCGUAGCAAACUUUUCCUCCUACGACGACAUGAAUUACCCGUCUUCACAAGAUAUUCACCCCCAGCCUCAGGCCCCCCUCACACUUACCCCCUACCAGCUCCACGACGAUGGCCCGGUGGCCCCGCAGCCCAAACGAGCGUCUCUGGUCACUCCCCCUGUCCCAGGAGCCUAUGAGACUCCCAAACCCAAGGUAGCUGAGCACCCUAACGGCUCUGAGGGCUGGCUGCCGACAGAAGAGGCCGCCCACCCACCGAUGCCGGAGCCCCAGCACUAUCAGGCCGAACCUCACCCACAACCAUCGCACUCAGACUUACAGACAGUUCCGAAAACACCGAGUAGAAAAGCGUCUCCGAUCAAGCGCGAGGCUUCCGUAUCACCCGCGAAUGGGGACUUGCAUCGUCAGGACACCACAGCGACGGCAGGAGGUUACGGUGGAGCGUCCCUCGGCCGAUCGAGCUCAAGACGCAGCGCACAUACCACGAGCGACGGCCGUGUGUUGCCCGGUUCGGCGUUCGUCAAUGGUGCGGGUACGACGGGUCCUUUCACUACUGCUCCUGAGGAAGAGGAGUUGUAUGCGAGAGGAUCUGAGGCUCAUGCGAAUUUGACACCGAAGCAGAAGUCGAAGAUCGCUAAGGAGGAAGCUAAACAUGGGAAGCGCCUGACAAAGAUCAUCAAAGCUGAAGCAAAGACGGAAAAACAGGCGCUGGCGCUGGCGAUCGACGAGCUCGAGGAACUUCAAAAGUUCCAGAAGAGCGCCGUCAAGAAUGAAGGUCGUGCACAAGCCAACCACAACAAGCUCCUCGGUCAGUUCAAGAAAACGGAGGCCGCAUACCUCUCAGCCAAGAUGAAGUACGACACGGACCUUGCGCACCUCAAGUCCGAGGAAGAGGUCCUGGAGACGCUGAAGAAUAACUCCAGGGAGGCGACCGAACACAUGCAAGAUAAGGCGGUAGAAGUGAACGCACUGAGGGAAACGUUGAGGGUUGACGAGAGGGAACGUGAGGUCAAGCUCGCACAGUUGAAGGAGAAGAGCCCGAAGAGGACAUUGUCAAUGAGGACACCCGCCCACAACUGA